AAACUCACUGUAUCUUACUCCUUUUCUUUGAGAUAUGAGGCCACUGCUGGGUUCCUCGGAACCCAGGCGUUGGGUUUCUUGGAACCCAGGCCUGGGUUCGUUCGAAGAACCCAGUAGAUGGGUUCGAACGAACCCAGGCUCAAGGAACCCAGCUGGGUUCGCCUGGGUUCGUUGCCUGGGUUCGUCGUCUGGACCUGGGUUCGUCGAACCCAGGGCUGGGUUCGACGAACCCAGGCGAUCUGGGUUCGACGAACCCAGGCGAUCUGGGUUCGGUCGACCUGGGUUCAGCCGACCUGGGUUCGUUGAACCCAGGGCUGGGUUCGACGAACCCAAGCGAUCUGGGUCCGUUGAACCCAGGCCGAACCCAGAUCGCCUGGGUUCAACGGACCCCGAUCGCCUGGGUUUGUUGAACCUAGCACCAGGUUCGUCGAACCCAGCCCUGGGUUCGAAAGAAUCCAGGACGCCGCCUGGGUUCGUUCGAACCCAGGCGUCCUCCAGGAAGCCAGGCGGCUUCCUGGGUUCGAACGAACCCAAGAGCAAAAGGUAAAAAAAAAAGAGAAAUUUUUUUUUUUCUGUGGAUCUUGUUGUUUCAUGAUGAUGGAGGAAUUGAUUGAUGAAGAAGGCUAGGUAAGAUAAGGAUCUGAGAACUGGGAAUGGGGAAGAAAGGGGGAGAAGAGUUCAAGCUUUGCAGGAGGUGGGGCCCACUCUUUUUUUUUUUUGAUUUGUGGAUCUUGUUGUUUCAUUAUGAUGAAGGAAUUGAUUGAUGAAGAAAGCUAGGCAAGAUGA